UCAACCGGACGUGUUUUCCAGGCUUGUGUUACCGGCAAAUACAUCCGGAACACCGCUCGAAGUUAGCGUCUGAUUCGUACAGACCGACUUAGUAUUUCUAAGAAACACAAGUAAAUAUUGCCUGAGACCAACUUCAGCCUCGCUUCAGCGUGUUAUGUCAUCCAGCGUUACGGUAAACCAACCCUGUGUUCACCUAAUUUCUGCUGGGCGGGAUUACACGAGAGUUGACCUAUACGAUAUAGCGAAGCUAAGUUAGCGGGCUAAGCUAACUCGACAACAUGCUCGCGCGCAUGCUAUUUAACCUCCUCAACAACCACCGCGUCGUGGAGAAGUUGGCCGAGUCUCGACCGAUUCGCAGGGCGGCCCAGAUCACCGCGUACGCCAUCACCAAGGCUCAGAUCGCUGGUCGGGACGCUUCGCAGCGGGUCUUGCGGUCACAGACGCUGCGGCAGGUCCGGGACGAGGCUGGCAAAGUCCCCGGUGACCUGGGAGAGAUGGGCAGCCGCCUGAAGAGGGUCAGGGAGACGUUUGUGAAUGAAGUGAAGGGAGGGUGGAAGGACGGCUCCAGAGGGAUCAAGAAAUGAGGACGCCCAAGGGACCCCGGGGCGGUCACCUUUUAUCAUGGCCAGGGUCCUUCAUUCUGCAGUGACUCAAGGAGUUGAGUUGAGAAGCGAUAUAUGAACAUCGUGUCUCAUUGAUGCAACACAACAACAGUACAAGACCGAGGAUGGUGGUGAAACCUGCAACCUAUGGCCGGAUAUAUUACUUUGAAAAAAUGUACAUAUUGGGAAAGAUGUGAUGAUGAUAUGUACAGACAAUGAAGUCCCCAUUUGUUUCUGACUGUAUAAAUAAAUAUUAUAAUUUAUAACAGCA